GUCGGCCGUUCUGGAGCUCAGAAAUGAGUUUAAAAUAAGCGUCCAUCGAUACAUCAAUUCCGUACUGUAUCUACUGUUUGAAAUAAUCCACUUUGUCUAUUUGAUAUCUGCCGCGGAGUUGGCCAAGAAACGAGCAGCUAAAACUAUGAUUCGUUUGAACGAGUUCUUCGCAAUCGAUGUGGAUCAUGCAGUCGCCGAAAAGAUCAAAUGCUUCAGCUCUGAACUAUCCAUAAAUAAACUUGACGUAUCAUUGUACGGAUUGUAUUCCAUGGAUUUCACUUUUCUGUUUUCGAUGACCACUGCAAUAGCACUGAAAUUAAUCGUCCUAGUUCAAAUACAACUUAAGGAAUAAUUUGGGAAAAGCGCAAAUAUGAGGUCACCUGAUUACUAUUAGAUCAGCAUUUAUAAGUACAAACCGCGUGUCUGCAUGGUAUAGGCUGCAUGGGAACUACAUUGCCCAAAAUAGGUCAAAACUUCCGGAAUCGUCGAGUAGUAGCAUACCUGACAUAUCUCAUUCAGAUUUCACUUAUAUUAUGCAUGAACGUGGUGUAUUAAUAGAAAUGCGUGAUUUGAAGCACAUUGUUAAUCGUUACUUAUCUAUGACUAUCAAAGAUCAAACCUCGCCUCGCCUCAACCCUUGUGCGCAGUAAAUAUGAUUAACAUUUAUUUGUUGACACACAGUUUCUACGAAAGCCCUAACUAUUAAACAUGCGGAAAGUAAACGUUCUGUUUAAACGCACGUUUGGGUUCACCAUACUAAUUCUGCGCCUUCUUGGCAUGUUUCCCUUCUGGUAUAAUAAACCGGAAAAACGUUUCCAUCUAUCGAACCCAUUGAUAGCCUAUUCCGUGGUUGUCUGUUCGCUCUACGUAUAUUUCAUUGGCGUAUUCUAUUGGACGACGGUGCAGUUUGUUCGCAUCUAUCGUUCUCACUAUAACGUAUACCUUCUGGGGGCUGCCUUCGGAACUGCCUACGCUACAGUGAUUGUCGUGAAUUUAACAAGCGUCGUGUUUGCUCGGAGAGUUUUGCGUUUGCUGAACGAUUGCCAUCGAUUAUGGGACCAGCUUCAGGUGAAGUCCGUAGUAGAAGACCAGGACAAGAAGUUGGUGUAUCGGUUCAUGUUCAAGAUGAUUGUAGUUGAUGGACUUACUAUCAUUGGAGGAGCUGGUAUACGACUGAUCCAAGCAAUCCGGUCGAAAAGCAUGUCUUUAUUCUAUGAAGCAGUUGCCCAUGGUUUCACCUACAUUUUGCACGCUUGCACGACAAACUUGUUCAUAGGAAUGGCCUACUUUGGUGGACAUUUCUUUCGACUAAUCAAUUGCAGAAUACGGCUUCUCCACCGAAGAAUAUCACAUCUAGAACAACAAGAGCACCAUUCGAAGCCGAAUGUUCAAAAGAAACAACAGAUUUAUAACAAUACGUUAGACGAAUUGAACCGUUUGGUGCGUUACCACGAGAAAGUGAACCGUACGAUUCUGAGCUUCAUGCAAGUGCAUGACGCUUCGCUUCUCAUGAUGACUUUGAAAAACUUCGUAGUUACUACAACGGGCGUAUACCUGACUUACGUUGCAACGGUUUUCGCUCUGCACAGGAAUCAGGUGCCAUCGUUUGGAACAUACGGUUUUGUUACAUUUUUUGCACUAUUUCACUUUUCACAGUUCUAUUACCAGACUGCCAGUACAAUGAUUUUCACAAUGAGAGUAAGUUUGAAUUUGUCAAUAACUGAAAGUUACUAGUAUCAAACACAUUCAUUUUAGGGUGAAAAAACCACAGACUAUAUUUGCAACUUGAUACAACAGGAAUGUGGAUUACAUUUUGAAGAGAAGGUAUGUACACAAGUGACAUAAGUUUUCAUUAUUUACAUCUUUUUAUUUGUAGACAACUGCUUUUAGCUUGAGGUUACUACACAACAACUAUAAGAUAACCAAUCAUGGACUUUAUGUAAUGGAUUUCUCACUAUUAUAUGCGGUAUGAUAAAAUUGACAUUCUUUAAUUCCAAAAAAUACCUUACAUUUGUUUCUAGGCUUUAUCUACGAUGGUCAAUUAUUUGAUCAUAGCUGUUCAAUUUCAAAUAGCUGAGUACGGUUAAUGGAGAUUGCCUGUUUAGAAAAGGGCAAAAGAUCGAUACUUAGUUCACUCAAAAAAUGCGAUCGUUUAAAUAUGUCAUCCAUCUGGAAUCCUGUGUGAGUUCCAUUACAACUAAUGCAGAUUAAUCACAGAUAAACAGACGUUUCUUUGUCCAGUUAUUGCUCAGUUCAAACUGGUAAAUUGUGCAAAAGACUAGCCUAGCAGGCUUCGGGAAGACGACAAAUGCCAAAGAAAACACCAUUGCGAAAUAAAUCUACCCCUGUUGGACGUCUGUAGCAUCUGUUGAUUUUCGGCUGAGAAUUCCAGGUAGAAUUUUUAACAGGUAAUGCAUUAAAAUACAGUAAAAAGUACUGCAAGACACAUUUGAUAAAAAGGAAAAUAGCAAAUGCAUGAACGCUCGAACUAUGUUUCAGAUAUUCUUAUAAAAAAACACCGAUGAAGAAUUUUUAGAAAUAUUACUGGAAGCUCGCCAAUAAAACUAGUGCAAAGCUAGUAAUCGCUAAUCAAGCUAAUCAAAAAAUUAAGAAUUUCUCAAAUAACUAUAGAAGAUCUGUUGAAAACGUAAAUAUUCGGAGAAACAUCUAUAGACUUGAUGAUGAUUAACCUGGGCUUGUUAGGGGAAUAUCUGUAAAUAAAAGAAAAUCGGGUUAAGUACGUCAAGUACAAGACACUGAAGACGACCUUACAGUUGAGGUCGAAAUACGUAUCUGUCAAAGGAUGCAAAUUCUUAGUGGAAUUCAA